UGUUGCUCGGAAGAUCUAAAGGCCUACGACUACAUUUAGUCAUUUAGCAGACGCUCUUAUCCAGAGCGACUAAUCCUUUUGAAAGGACUAUUUAAAAAAGGAUGUAGUUUAUCCUAAACUUGAAUACACACAAUAAGAAUGCGUAAAACAAGACUGCUUGCUACUAUGACAAAGUGAACCACGAGAACUCACAAAAUCAUGUUUACCUCCGUACAUAAUUUCAAACGUGGUUGACGGUCUGCAUGGUUGCGGUUUUAAAGAGACAGGUGACACAAGGCGCUAUCACGGAAUAUAACCGGUUCAUCCGACCCUGCACGGAGAGACAGGAUGGUGGCAGAGAUGGCGAGUCUGGGAUCCUCCUGUUGCCUAGAAGAGGGGGAUGGACACAUCCCAGAGCCAGACCAGAAAGGUCACCUGGCUGAGAGUGAUCAGAGUGGAUCAGAGACCGCUGGGACAGUCACAGAGGAAAGCUCUGAGGAGGAGCAAGAGGAGGAGCAGGAGGAGGAGGAGCAGGAGGAGGAGGAGGAUUGUGAAGCUGACCCAGCCUCCAGCCCUAUAGCCUCCAGACCUGCAGCCUCCAGCCCUGCAGCCUCUAGACCUGCAGCCUCCAGCAGAGAGGAUGUGAUAUUCAAGUCCUGCUGUGAGAAAUGCAAAGCUAUUCAGCAGAGCCCUGGAGGUGAGCGGGUCACCCCUAGGAUGCUAGCUCGAGGACAGAUGCAGCUGCAGCUGGAGGACGAGGGGGUGUUCCAGUGCUCGGUGACAGGUCUUGUGUUUGAGGUGUCUGAGAAGGUUCUGCUGAGGUACUCCAUCCUGUCCUGGUCCAAGUUUGGAAAGUUCCUCACAGACGCCUGGAGUUGCGCCGGACCCAUCUUCAACGUGGACUGUGUCAACAAGGACUCGACUGUCCUCAAGUCCAUCCAGUUCCCACACACCCUCUGCCUUGCUGACCCAGACAGCCAGGUCUCCUUCAGGGUGCUGCACCUGAAGGCUGGCCGGCCGCUGAUGGAGCCGUGUGUGGAUCACUCCGGCAGCCAUGUGAAGUGGUGUGUGUCGUCCCUGUCCCCCGUGGGGCCUGUGGCCCAGGCCAGCCCCGCCCAGCGGCACCACGCCGUGGUCCUGCUCUACCGGGAGAGAGGCCUCAAGGCACACUGCUUCAGAGUCUACCUAGCCCCUAACAACUCCUCAGACAUCAAGGACAUUGGAAAGGAAGUACGCAGCUCCAACAGGAAGUUCCAGAAGGUGGACAAGCCUCCCACCUGCAGCCUGGAUGAGAGGACAUACCGUCUGCUGACCGAGCCUGAGGGGGAGAUCACCCCGGAGAAACUGUCCUUUACGCUGGCGGUCACCAAGCUGAAGGGGUACUUCGAGGUUUUCUUUGAUCACUCCCCCCCCUUCAAGCUGUCCCUCAUGGAGACAGAGUCAGACCAGACCAUCUGGUCCACCUACAUCAGGGAAGAAGACUGUGUGGACCCUGUGGAGCCUCAGAAGAAAAAGACCAUCAGUAGGAAGAGAAGUAGCACGUCGGAAGAGGAAAUUACCAAUAAGAGAUCCCGCUGGACAGAUGAGUCAGACGGCUGCAUCACGGCCACGGCUCCGCGCCCCGAGGUGACAGACAAGCAGCUGUUGCAGGUGGCCCGGCGGCUGGGGAAGGAGUGGCGGCAGGUGGGCAUCUUCCUGGGUCUGAGGAGCCGAGACCUGGACGAGCUGCAGGCCGGGGAGAAGGACGUCACCAUGCAGAAGUUCAAGAUGCUGGAGGAGUGGAGGAGGCAGCAGGGGCAGCAGGGGCAGCAGGGCCAUGCCUCGCUAGAGAAGCUGAAGAGCAGCCUGGAGGAGCUGGAUGACCUGGCGCCAGAGGUGCUGCUGACCCUGCAGGAAAUGAUGGACAACCAAGCCGACAAAUGAGACAUCUCAGACCAUUUAAGCCCCACCCCCAACGGACUCAUCAAGGAAACAGAGAACCAGUGGAAGGGACUUUUGAACUUUGAACCCUGAACCUCUGAUGUAGGUUUCAGCUGAAAGGCUUGUGGCUGGGCAGUCAGGCUCCCUGACUAGUACUGCACUAUAAUCCUGACUCCCCGCACCUCCUAUAUGUGGUGUUGCAUCUUAUUUCUCAGUCAAGGCAUUACCACUUAAACUCUACAAGACAAGGGACCAACAACGGUAGCUAAUAAAUAAAUAAAACUGUAUAUAUAUUUUUUUGUAAACAUUUUUUCUACGAUAUUCUUUGUUAAUGUUCUGUAUUUUUAUAUAUAUUUAGUUUGGAUCAUGCCUUGAAAUCAACGUGCUGCCAGAUGAAAAACAAAAAGAUGAAACAUAAUGAUGUAAUAAUGUUUGCAUCUGAUGCUGUUUGAAAGUAUGUAUGAGUGUUGAGUUUGAGACGACAAGUUCUCUUAAACCCCGUCCGUGAUCAUUCCAGACGUUUUGUGAUGUCAUUGUGAUGUCACACCUCAGGGCCUUUAACAGAGUUCUGUACAAGUGGAGGAGCGUCAUUAAACUGAAUAAAACAAUAGAAUGUUUUUCUACAUCUUAGUUUGAAUUGUGAACCAUGGUGAAUGUUUUGUGCUAGUGUAAACAUGUUGGGUUCUACCUGUUAACAUUAGUUUACGUAUAAAUAUUUGAGGUAUUAAGUGUAAUUAUAUUGUAUACUAGUGUGAAGAUAUUGGGAAUCGUUACUUAUGAAUAUACUGUAAAUAUAAGCAAACACCUCAUGUUAAAAUGCAAUAAAUACUUUAUUAAAUACAGACCAAUAAAUAACACCCUCAUAUAAAUAAUCUCCCAUAAAUA